GCGGCAUAACCACUGAGCUAAAUCCCCAGCCCUUGGCUACUGACCUCUGAACAGACACACCCAGGUGGAGGCAAUAAAACCCUAAGCAGCCUGGAUGCGGAGGAACUGGGCCAGGCACAUGACCCCUGGAUCGUCAACUACAGCGCCCCAGAGCACCUGGACACUGAGAAGGGGACCCAACCAUGAGGAGGCUCUUCUUGGUUACCUGCCUGGUGGCUGUGCUGCUUCAAGAGGCUGGUGCAGUCCCAGCAUCCCAGGUCCCUGACAAGACCAAAGGCAAACAUUCAGCCUCUGAACAGGACACAGAGAAAGCCUGGGGCAACCACAUCUUGCAACCCCUGGAGAAGGAUGACCAACUGGUGGAUCUGUUCCCUGCGCCAAAACCAAAUCUUGCAGCCAUCUCGAAGCCAGGUAACAAAGCCUGGGUGGAGACUGAGGACAUGCUGAGCCAUUUUCGAAGACCCCAGCAGGGUCCUGAGACUGACCACGACAGUCUGUACCAUCCUGAAUCUGAGGAGAUCCAGGUUGAGGAAGAGCCCUUUUCCUGGGCAGUGCUGUCUCGCCAGGUGCUUCAGGGGCCAGAGGAGGACCUAGACCACAUCUACCACCCUGUGGAGGAGUCCUAGGGGCCUUGAACACCCUUAUACUCCUGUCCCAAGGUCCAGGAGGUCGGGAUUGCUGACCCUUCUCAGCUAGAAAAAUAAAUACCUGCAAACAGAAGUGGAAGGCCACAUGCUUCUUUAAGACCAACAACUCUGGAGCCCAACCUGCUGUCUAGGAGGAGGGAGCUGUAUCUGUCCCAUGCAUGGCACAGAAGGAGUCCCCAGGGUCAUAAAAGGCCCAGCUGACCCUCAGCUCCUGAACAUUUGGCCCCCACGUGGCCAUCUCUCUCCACGUGGUGAUGGAAUAAAGGAUGCGGCAGUAGUCA